GUAACCGUAAUUAACAAAUAUUUCUUUUCGUUGUUUACAUCUUAAAAUAUGUCAUCAAAUACAUCAAAGUCCAAAGAUGAAGCGAGAUUUGAGAGCAAGCGUUCCAGAAAAUUUGAAAGUGAGAACAACCUUGAAGAGUCUUUUGAAUGCAAGCAUAAAGAAAAGAAAAGUGAAUAUGACAAGAGGGGUGAAAGAAUAAGUCAUGAUGAUAAUUACAGAUCAGAUUUCAACAGAAAAAAGAGAAAAGAAAAGUACCAUAAUGAAAAACGCUCUAUUUCAGAAAAAGAUAAGUAUGAUGGACACAGAAAGAACUCGAAAAAGGAAAAGUAUGAUGAAAAAUUAGAUAAAGAAAAUGAUUAUUGCAUUACAAACUAUGACAAGAAGAAGAAAAUUAAUUACGAAAAAGAUGAUGUGAGGUAUAAGGAUAAUGAUGAUGACAAUGAUAAAGAUACUGAAAGAAAACAAAAAGAAAAUGAUUUUGAUGAAGGACCUGAUAGGAAAAGAGAUAAUGAAAAAAAUAAAAGAGAGCAAACGAAAGAACAUCACUCAAAACGCAACAAAUAUGAUAAACUUUUUGAGGAGAGUGAAAGCUCUAAAAAGCAGUCCCAAGAUAGAUAUUCUAGCAAUGAAGAAAAUGAUAUAUCUCGAAAUAAGAUGGUUAGUAAUCAAAUUCGUUCCUCAGUACACAAAAUAGAAAAUAAAUCCAGAAAAGAUAAUACAAAUGAUAAACAGAAUGAUAGUGACAACAGUGAUAUUUAUUCUGAAGAUUUGAGAAGAAAGCCAUCUAAAUACAAAUCAAAGCAAUAUGAAACUGAAAAGGAAAAAAAGAAAACCCCCAAAAAACAACAUGCAAAUAGAUAUUCAAAUGAUGAUGAGACUGAUCAAGACAGAUCCAAACAUGAUAGAAUACGCUCAUCAGUGCAUCAAAUAGUAAAUAAAUCCAGAAACAAUAAAAUAAAUAAUGAUGAACAAGGUAAUGUGGAUGAUAUGGAUAAUUAUAAUAGUGAUUUAAAGACUGACCCAUCUAAAUAUAAAUCCAAGCGUUAUGAAAAGGAAAAAGGUAGACAGUCUGAAAAAUAUAAUGAAGAAUACAGUAAAAAAAGAAAAAGAGAUCCUUGGUCUGAAAUUAAAAGAUCUGAUACUAAGAAUGACAAAAAUACAGAAGAACAAAGGUUUGAAAAACAGGAUAAUAUUUCUCAAUCACAGGGGAAAUUUGAAGUUAAAGUCACGCCUGAUUCUGCUGAUACUGCCAAGGAUUCUGCCGAACCAUUAUCAAAAAGGCAGAAAAUAAGCAAUAUCAACAUGCGAACUGGAGGAGCUUAUAUACCUCCUGCUAAAUUACGGAUGAUGCAAGAGAACAUAAAAGAUAAAGGAAGUGAAGAAUAUCAGCGAAUUGCAUGGGAAGCUUUGAAGAAAAGCAUUGUUGGUAUGACAAACAAAGUGAACAGCUCUAAUAUCACAGAAAUUAUACCUGAACUUUUUAAAGAGAAUAUUAUUCGAGGGAGAGGUGUUUUAGCCCGAGCCAUAAUGCAAGCCCAAGCUGCUUCUCCAACUUUUACACGAGUAUAUGCUGCUUUAGUUGCUAUUAUAAAUACAAAGUUUCCUGAAAUUGGAGAGCUUAUCUUGAAAAGACUUAUUAUACAAUAUAAGCGAGGAUUUCGCAGAAACGAUAAAACCAUAUGCAUGACUGCUGCCCGUUUCCUUGCUCACUUACUAAAUCAAGAAGUGGCACAUGAAAUUCUCAUUUUAGAGAUGGUAACUCAUUUGCUUGAAAACCCCACAGAGGAUUCUGUAGAAAUAGCUAUAGCAACUUUGAAAGAAUGUGGGAAAAAAUUGACUCAACUGACACCUAAAGGGAUGAGAGCUAUAACCCAGCGUGUCCGAGAUGUGUUGCAUGAAGCAUCAAUUGAUAUGCGUGUUCGCUACAUGAUUGAAGUAUUUUUUGCUAUACAGAAGGAUGGCUUCAAGGAUUAUGAGGUGAUUCCUCCAGAAUUGGACUUAGUUCAAGAAGAUGACAAAUAUACACAUCUGAUUAAUUUAGAUGAGGCUGUUGAUGCCCAAGAUAUGUUAAAUGUCUUCAAGUUUGAUCCUAAUUAUUUAGAAAAUGAAGAAAAGUAUAAGUCUGUUGUAAAUGAAAUAUUAGGAGAUUCCAGUGAUGAAUCUGGCAAUGAAUCUGAUGAUGAAUCUGGAGAAGAUGAAGAGGAGGAAGAAAAUGCGGGUGGUUCAGACCAGAAAAUUCUGGAUAUGACAGAAACUAAUUUAGUUUGCCUUCGAAGAAAAAUUUACUUAACUAUACAGUCCAGUUUAGAUUUUGAAGAAUGUGCACAUAAACUUCUUAAAUUGGAGCUAAAGCCAGGACAAAUACUUGAAAUGUGCUACAUGAUCUUGGAUUGUUGUGCCCAGCAAAGGACAUAUGAGAAAUUUUUUGGACUGUUAGCUCAACGUUUUUGUCAGCUGAACAAGAUUUAUGUGGAACCUUUUACCGAAAUAUUUGAUAACUCGUACAAAACAAUUCAUCGCUUGGAAACUAAUAAAUUAAGAAAUGUUGCCAAAUUCUUUGCUCAUCUACUAUAUACCGAUGCAAUCUCAUGGAAUGUCUUAUCCAUUAUAAAACUGAAUGAAGAUGACACAACUUCGUCCAGCCGAAUCUUCAUUAAAAUAUUGUUUCAAGAAUUAUGUGAAUAUAUGGGUCUGCCUAAGCUAAAUGAGCGCGUGAAAGAUGUAACUCUCCAAGAAGCAUUUGAGGGCCUAUUUCCACGAGAUCAUCCUCAUAACACCAGAUUUGCUGUUAAUUUCUUCACUUCCAUUGGUUUGGGAGGUUUGACGGAUGAACUUCGAGAACAUCUCAAGAACUUACCUAAAAAUCCAGCUCCAUUGGGACUUGCUUCUUCUUCAUCAUCAGGUGUUUCAAGUCCAGCAUCUUCAUCAUCCUCAUCUUCAUCAUCAUCUUCUUCAUCAUCCAGCUCAUCUUCUGACUCUGAUUCAGAUUCACAAAAAAAUGAUUCUAGGAAAAAACAAAAAGCACCUCAAAAGCGCAAAAAAUAGCAGAAGCAGAAAAAGAAGUUAUUGUUCUGUGUAUAUAAUUUUUUUUUCCAUGAAUUUGUAAUAAAUAAAAAAAUGGUUAAUAUUUUUU